AUGCGCUUGGCCUUGGCCGCCUCCAUCGCAAGCCUCGUCGUGGGCGAAGACCUUCGCUACCAGACGAACGCCCUCGCCUACAUGCCACGACCAGGCCUGAAUGCCAUUGAAGCGGCGCUUGGGCCAACCUUCCAGCGCUCGAGCUCAUCGCUAUCAGCAACGCGACCGCGCCGCUUCGCAUUCUUUGCUGGGUCAACACCGCGCGCAAUCAAGGAAACAUGGGGGCAGCGCUGCACCAAGUUGCUCUUCAUGAGCAACGUCGAGGACGAUGAGAUCCCGACUGUCCGCGUCGUUGCGCCGGCGACGCACGACCACCUGUGGCAGAAACACAGGUUCGUCGUGCGGCUCCUCGCCCGCGAGUACGACGCAUCCGAGUACGAUUGGAUCUUCAAAUGCGACGACGACACGUACGUCAUCAUGGACAACCUACUCUCGUACUUGCAUUCGGUGGCCACGUCGAUGGCAUCGCCGGACGAGCCCACGUUGCUUGGCCACCGCAUGACGCUGCAGUGGUUUGAAAUGCAAAAACCUUUCCACGACCUCUCCUACAUGCAGCGAGAUCGACGGCGAGCGUUGGAGACCGUACUCCGUGAAACACGCAAUCAAGGGGGCUUGUACUAUACUCCUGGCGGUGCUGGCUAUGCAUUCAAUUCUGCGUACUUGACGCAGCUCGUGGCAGCUCUCGAUGAGCCAUCGUGCCUCCCGGACGAGGUUGUGCCAGACGACUGGGCGAUCUCGUUCUGCAUGUAUCACCGCGGUGUCGUGCCCACGGACACACGCGAUAGUUUGCACCGCGAGCGCUUCCACCAGUACUCGCCCGAGCAGGUCUACUACUGGCCCGACGACGUCAAUGACUUUGACCACUGGAACUACGCGUCGAUCUACGACGCGCAAAACUGGUUCUCGGACCACAUCGGCAUUGGCUGGAGAAACGGGUCCGACUGCUGCGCACCCGACUCCGUCUCUUUCCACUACGUCCACGACAUGCACCUCGUAGACGCCUACUUUGAGCUACGAAAAAAUGCCCCAAAAUAAAAGCUCUGCGGGCGCUUCCUCAUAAUUCAAGUUGUCUGUUGGGCAGUGACC